CAAAAGUCGAAUGUGUCAAAAGUUUUUCUUGUAUAUUAAUUUAUUUAAUAUAAUAUUAGCAAUUAAGUGAAAUGUCUCCGCAGCCAGUUGUUGAUAUAAUUGCGACCAACUCUUUUGAAGCAGUAAAAGAGGAAAUGGACUCUACAGCCRUAGAUACGUCAAGUAAUAUGUUUGCACCAACGGAUUCUGGUGAAAUUAGCAACCAAACGGAUUGUAUGGUCCCGCGCAAACAACGCGAACGCCGCAAUAAAUCGCCAAUUGCCAUAUCAACUCUUUUAGAGACUUUUGCUGCUCCAUUGUCACCAGCGUCCUCCACAUCAACAUCACUAGGUAAUUGUAGUGCUGAUGCCACAUUUGAGCCAUCAAUUGAUAUGAUGGUCAACGAUUUUGACGAUGAACAGACAUUGAACGAAGAAGAAGCCUUAGCUGCAAUGGAACAGCAAGACCCUAACGAUGAAAUUGCUACAUUGCAAGAGGAAAGUGAAAUGCCUUUAGAAGAAUUGUUGGCAAAAUAUCAAGUAGCACAACCAGCUCCUGUACACGUUGGAGCAUAUAGAAAAAAGAAUAAACGUUCUGCUGGUGGUGGUAAGAAUUCUAAACAUCGCAAAGUUGCAAGGGAAGUGMCACCUGUAAUUUCUGAGGAUCCUGCAGGACCUACUUUAGAAACUGCUGAAGUUAAUGAACCGAAUACUACAGAAAAAGCGACAAGUGACAUAAUUUUGAUUGAAGAGAGUGGUGAUGAAGAAAACACUGCCAAAAAGAUAGCUCCAGAAUUGUGUGAGGAUAAUGAAGAAUGUAUAGAAGAAGAUGAAUUUGAUUGUAAACAAGACGAAACUGUUGAAAGUGUGGAAUUAACAAAUGGACUUGCCGAAAAAAAUAAGUACCGUCGUACRCAUCUUAUGGAUCUUUAUCCAGAGGAGUCUUUCACUGAAGUAUUAAAUUCAGGAGUUGGAACYGAAAAAGACGCACAACUCGACUUACUUUAUGAUGAUGAUAAUGAGGAAGAUGUAAAUGAUGCCGAAGAGGAGGAAGAAGAUGAAUUUGACAGCGACUAUGUAAAGAAGACUAUUAUGGUUGGACCAUCAUACCAAGCAACUAUACCAGAUGGUUUAUCACAAUAUGGCGAUGUGUUACCYUAUGAAAAUGAAGAUAAACUGAUCUGGGAACCCAGUCAGGUUAGUGAGCGACAAGUUGAAGAAUACUUGCUUAAAGCACGGGAUAUUAAACCAAGUUUGUUGGAUAAUGCCGACGAGGAAGGUGAAGAGCCUAGAAUAACUACUAAUACAGAGGAACUGGCCUUAGAUGCAACAAAUAUUGCAUCAAAUGGCGUCGACGUCGAAAGUAAAGAGUCGUCUCAUAGUAACAAAGCAGAUGACGUGCUAAGCACCGUAACUUCAUUAUCAGGUGAAAGCGCUGAUGCAACUGCUGUGAUUAAGGAUAAUGAGCAGGCACUGCAUUUACUCGUCCAAUGCGGUUAUGAYUUUAAAGAGGCCUUACGACGCAAACGUUUAAAUGCCCUCCCACUGACUGGUUCGAUGAGCCUAUGGUCAGAAGAAGAGUGUCAUAAAUUCGAAGAGGGUAUACAAAAGUUUGGCAAAGAUUUUUUCAAAAUMCGCCAAAAUCAGGUGCGUACGCGUACAAUGCGUGAGCUGGUGCAGUUCUAUUAUAUCUGGAAGAAGAGUGAUCGUCGUGAUCACAAUUUUGCUAAUUCUGACACAGUAGAUCACAUGGACAUUUAUUUGAACGAGGGUGGUGAUUUCAGUCCAACAGCGGCAAUCAACGGUAACUCCACAACGGGGCAUUCUUCCAACGCUAAUGGUGCUGCAACGCUGGGUGCAAAAAAAAAUAACGCUUGCGUUCAAAAAAAUCCAAUUUCCAUAAUGAUGGUAGGCAACACCGCCACUAAUAGCGGUACGCCGAUAGCAACAACAGCACAAAUAAAUGGCAAUACUAGUAAAGUAGCAAGCAAUCGAAAACGUAAUGUUGUAGGAAACGUGAAUACUAACUUUGAGAAUCCAAUAAAUCAAAAUAUACCAGCACCUGUUGCACAAACGAAAUGAUGACGAAUCUCUCGUGGCGCAGCGCAAAGCAGACAGCAAAUCAAACUGCGACGUGUUAAAGCCGAGCCCUACUGGUGCUGGCGUAUUACACGCAACAUUUGCUUACGUUAAGAGAGUAAAUAGUAUUAAAUAAUUAACAUUUCUUUAUAUAUUCCGACAUAUUAUAUAUAUAUAUAU